AUGAUCUCCACUGUGAUGUGCGGCAAGGAAAUUGUGGUCCAAAGCGGUCGGUGCGACAGUCUUGACGGAAGACCUGUCAGGAUCGAGAGUACUGCCGCAAAACAUCAGGCCACACCGCAAUUUCAGUCAAUCCCUGAUCAGACUGCGCCUAUUCCUAACAUUCCCUCCACUAAAAGAACCUUCCUAACCCUCAACCUGACUCACUUCUCAUCCCUUUCACUCCCCUCUCAGGAGGAGCCCCAGGUCAGCAGUCAGGCUGCAAUGUCCUUCCAGCAGCAGACCGUCAAAAUGGCACCACUUGAAACCAUCGAGAAGGCCCCCAAGCCUCAGCGUUUGCUCCAAGGCGGCAAGCUUAAAAGUUUUAGCUCCAGGUGGCAAUCGCGAGGCUCCACGAGGAGGAGCACCUUUUCCAUUCAAGCAACCGAGACGGUGAACGGGUCAAAGACGGAGAGGAAGCGGCGUAAGAUCUUAGGCGACGCGCACUCCGCGCACUUGACCGCUGGCAGCCAGCGUCAACGCUACAUCACCAAAGACGGCAAGUGCAGGGUCAACUUGGGGCCUAUCGAGGACAAAAGUCGGUUUAUUUCGGACAUUUUCACCACGCUGGUGGACCUGAAGUACCGCUGGUUCCUUCUCGUCUUCACCAUGUGCUACAUCCUCACAUGGUUAGUCUUUGGCGUGAUCUACUUCCUGGGUGCUUGGUUACGAGACGAUAUUGCCCAUGUGCACAACCGAGAGUGGCAAGCGUGCUACGCAAACGUGGACAGUUUCUUGUCCGCCUUGCUGCUCUCGCUGGAGAGUCAGAGGACCAUCGGCUACGGCUCCCGGAUGGUGACGGCCAACUGCCCGGAAGGUGUGGUGCUCCUGAUGGUGCAGUCCAUCCUGGGCUCCAUCAUCGAUGCGCUAAUGGUGGGCUGCAUGUUUGUCAAAAUCUCCCGGCCCCAACAGAGGGCCCAGACGCUGAUCUUCAGCAAACACUGCGUCAUAUGCGAGCGAGACGAGAAGCUGUGCAUGCUCUUCCGCAUUGGGGAUCUCAGAGAGAGCCACAUGGUGGACGCCAAGAUCCGGGCCAAGCUCAUCAAAUCCAGGCAGACCAAAGAGGGGGAGUUCAUCCCGCUUGAGCAAUCCGAACUGAAUUUGGGGUACGACACGGGUGGAGACCGACUGUUGCUGGUGGAGCCCCAGACCAUCACCCAUGUCAUCAACCAAAGCAGCCCCUUCUGGGACGUGGGGGCCGAGCGUUUGAAGAGGGAGAGCUUUGAGAUCAUCGUUAUCCUGGAGGGUAUCGUGGAAGCCUCAGGCAUGACAUGCCAGGCCAGAACGUCAUACACGGAGGACGAGCUCCUGUGGGGCCACCGCUUUGAGUCGUGCAUAUCCCUGGAGAAAGGCGCCUUCCGUGUAGACUAUAGCGCGUUUGACAAGACCUUCGAAGUGCAAAUGUCACCACUGAGUGAAAAAGACAGGAGAGAUGCAAUGGAACGAGAACUUUAA